UGCCCCUUCGUCGCUCGGCCCACCAACCAGUCCAUCAACCAGUCCAUCAACCGGUCCAUCAACCAGUCCACCAACCGGUUCAUCAUCGACGCAGCCCAUCGACGCAGCAGUCGGGCGCUCCACCAACCCAGCACCGAUUCAGUUGCAUUUGCCCCGCUCGCCAUGUCGCAGCCCCAGUCCAAGGGCACCAAGGCCGCCAUGGGAUACCAUCCCACCACCAUCGGCACCCGCUCGCCCAACCCUCUCGGCUUCCUGUUCCUGUCGUGGCUGCUGCCGCUGCUGCGGCUCGGAGCCUCGCGCCCGCUCGUCUUCGAGGACCUCUAUUCCAUGAAGCCCAAGAGCCGGGCCUCGUCGCUGAGCCAAGCCCUCGAGGCCUCUCUGCGGGCUGCCCCUGGUGCCGCGGAUGCAUCGCAGCCUCCCUCCAAGACGGCCUACUCCCGUGCCUUCAUGAAGUCGUUCCUGCCCCGAUGGUUCCUGGGCUUUGCCUUCUCGGCAACCGGCAUGCUCGCCACAGUCGCCAUCCCGCUCCUCAUGCGCCAGAUCGUCCUCAAUCUCUCGGGACAGCCCACCUUUGUCCAGAACCCGUACGGACUGGCCUUCCUCAUGUUCGGAUGCACGCUCGCUGCCGCAGUCUGCGCCGCUACCAGCACCCAGAUCAUGACGGGCAUCGCCAUCGAUGUCCGCACCAGCCUCAUUGGCUUGAUCUACCAGAAGGCGCUGCGGCUCUCGGUCAAGGCAUCCAAGAAGUUUGAUGAGGGUGCCCAACUUGUCUUUGUCAAUGUCGACAGCCAGGCCGUAUAUGACACCAUCAUUUACUUUGACUCGUGCAUCAACACUACGGUCCAGAUUGCCCUGGUGAUCUACUUCAUAUACACCCUGAUUGGACACUACAUCCUGAUUUCCGUCUAUGUGAUGCUCGGCGCCCUAGUCCUGCUUGCGGCUUGCACCGUCUUUCUGACGCAAAGCCAGAAGAAGAUGCUCGCCAACAACGACGACCGCCUCAAUCUCAUCCGCGAGGUGUUCAUGAACAUCAAGAUGAUCAAGCUGCGCGGAUGGGAGCUCAUCUUCGAGUCCAAGAUCGACGUUAUCCGCGAGAAGAUGAUGCGAGGUGUCGCAGGAUACUUGAUCAGUAUUUUGUUUCUGAUCGCUGUUAUUAUUUCCGUUCCCCUUUUGCUUCCCACGGUUACUUUCGCCAUAUAUUCGAUGAGUGGCAAUCCUAUGCGCCCAGAAGUUGUGUUUCCCGCUAUGACGUACUUUAUAAUGCUUAUUGAGCCUUUGAAUACCCUCCCGUUCAGCUAUGGUAAAUUUGCCCAGGGCCUUGUCUCCUGGAAUCGACUCGUGGCUUUCUUCAAUGCCGAGGAGUCGUCUGGUGACUCGGCUCCGCUGCUGGCUGCCGAUGUUUCCACGAACAUAUCCGCGGCCAUCGCACUCAAGGACUGCACCUUCCGUUGGGAGACCAGCGAAGAACCCAGCACGAAGGACGACGCAAAGAAGAGUUUUGGGUUCAAGAAGAGCAAGCGCGACCCCAAAGAAGAGCUUGUGCAUGACAGCAGCCUUGAUUCUCCGUCGACCCAGGGGGCUGAUGAUGCACCCGCGACUAAGACUGCGUUCUCGUUCGAGGGCCUUGACGUUGAAAUCGCCCGUGGAUCUCUGACCGCUAUCGUUGGCCGCGUUGGCUCAGGCAAGUCGUCCCUCCUGACGGCUGUCUCUGGACAGAUGACCAAGGUCCAGGGCACCGUCCAUGUCAACGGCAAGCUCGCCUACUGCAGCCAGCAGCCCUGGAUCCAGGCCGCCAGCAUCCGCGCCAACAUCCAGUUUGUGUCUCCCGAGUACGACGAGAAGCGCAUGGCCGAGGUCAUCACCGCAUGUGGCCUCGAAGCCGACAUGGCCCAGCUCGCCGGCGGCAUCGACACCCAGAUCGGCGAAAAGGGCAUCAAUCUCUCUGGUGGCCAGAAUGCCCGAGUUGCCCUGGCCCGUGCCGUGUACAGCGACGCCGACAUCUACCUGCUCGACGAUCCCCUCGCCGCACUCGACUCCCAUGUCGGCAAACAUGUGUUUGACAAGUGCAUCGGCCCCAAGGGCAUGCUCUCCAGCAAGACACGAGUGCUCGUCACCCACCAGCUCCACGUUCUGCCCUCGGUCGAUCGCAUCAUCGUCUUUGACAAUGGCCGCAUCGUCGAGUCUGGAAGCUACUCGGAGCUCCUUGCCAAGCCCGAGGGACACCUCAAAGAGAUGGUCCAAGACCACAAGUUUGACUCUGACGACGAGCAGGAGCAAGAAGAUACCAAGGCCGCUCAGUCAAAGGAGACGAAGGAGAAGACAGAGGCUGGAGAGGCCAAGGAUCUGAUCGAGGAGGAGGAGAUUGAAAUUGGCGAAGUUCAAAGAAAGACCUAUGUGGACUACUUCAAAUACUCGGGUGGAUACUGGACAAUCUCCGCCAUGGCGUUUUUCCUGCUCGUGUUCAUGGGCUUCAGUGUCGCGUGUCAACUGUUCCUCAACUAUUGGACGACCGACUCACUGGGCUACUCACAAGACACCUACCGCCUCAUGUACAUCAUUCUCUCGGUUGUGGAAACUGUCGGGCUGAUCAUUUACUGCUUUGCUGGUGGCUUCAACUCCAUCGUUGGAUCGCGCAAGAUCCACAAGCUGGUCAUCAAGAAGCUGCUGAACUCUCCGAUGCACUUUUUCGAGACCCAGCCGCUCGGCAGAAUCCUCAACAGACUCAGCAAGGACAUUGAGAUGCUCGAUCAAUAUCUCUGGAAUAUUGUACAGAAUGUCUUCCUCGUGGCGGUUCUUGUGUUGAACGACUUCAUCAUUACCGCCUAUGCCACCCCAUGGAUCAUCAUCGAGCUUGUGAUCCUGUCCGUUGCUGUCUACUACAUCUUCAAGUUCUACCGUGCAUCGGUCCGCCAGCUCAAGCGCCUCGAUUCCAACAUGAGGAGCCCGCUCUAUGCGUUCAUCUCCGAGUCCUUCAGCGGCGUCUCGGUCAUCCGUGCCUUCCAUGCCCAAGAGACCUUCAUCGAGCGACAGCACCGCUUGAUCGACGACUCGAAUGCACCAUUCUAUCUCAACCAGCUGUGCGCCAUCUGGCUCCGUGUGUGGAUUGCGUCAUCCAUGUCUUUGAUCACGCUCGGUACCAUCCUCCUUGCUAUCGGAACCAAAGUUCCUCCUUCGACCGUGGCUCUCGCCUUGUCGUGUGCUGUGGAUAUUCCCAACCAACUUAUUAACUUUGGCCAGACUUUCAGUCUGUUUGAACAAGGCAUGAACACCAUCGAGCGCCUGGUCCACUACAUCGAGAACAUUGACGGCGAGGCACCAAGAAAGUGUGAGGCCGUCGAUCCCCCGUCCGAGUGGCCCAGCAAGGGCGAGAUCCAGAUCAAGGACCUUGCCGUGGCCUACCCGAGCCAUCCCGAUCGGCUUGUUCUGAAGAACCUGAGCCUCGAGAUCAAGGCAGGCGAGAAGAUUGGCGUCGUUGGACGCACCGGCAGUGGCAAGAGCACCCUGCUGACGGUCCUGUUCCGUCUGCUGGAUCCCGUCGGCGGCGAGAUCACCAUCGAUGGAUUCAAAACGGGCAACAUUGGCCUGCACACGCUCCGCCAGCGCCUCCAGAUCAUUCCGCAAGAGCCCAUCCUGUUCUCGGGCACCAUCCGCUCCAACAUCGACAUCGAGGGCAAGUUUGACGAUGCCGAGAUCUGGGAGUCGAUUGGGUUUGUCGGCUUGACCGACUACAUCUCCAGUCUGCCCGAGAAGCUCGACUCUGCCGUCACGACGGGUGGCCAGAACCUCUCCGUGGGCCAGAGACAGCUGCUCUGUCUGGCCCGUGCCAUCAUCUGCAAGCCCAAGAUCCUGGUCAUGGACGAAGCCUCGAGUGCCGUCGACGCCAUGGCAGACACCCUGAUCCAGAAGGCCAUCAAGAGCAACUUUGCCGAUUCGACCGUGAUCAGCAUCGCGCACCGACUGAAUACCAUCGCCGACUUUGACCGCAUCAUUGUGCUCGAUGCGGGCAACAUUGCCGAGAUGGGCACGCCGCACGAACUACUCGCCAAGGAAGGCGGUCUGUUUGCCGAGAUGGCCAAUGCAACGGGUCCGUCGAACGUGCUCAGGCUCCAGGAAGUCGCUGCCCAGCACUCGCACUCGACCCUGAACGAGCUGUGAUGGCGGCGCAAAUGUCGCUGUCCGGGCGUGCUGGGAUAGCUCGGCGACAGAAACCAGUGCUGCAUUCUCCGUUCCACAUCGCCGUCGCCAGCAGCAUCAUCCUGUGCAUGCUGGUAAUAUGAAGAUCGAUUCCACAGCUGCGUCGAUCACCUUUGAACAAGGCUACACUCGCUCUGAGUGUGCCGAUACUCACAAUCAGCCUUUCUUGAGGUCAAUAUCUGUUGUGUUUUCUCGAUUCUAAAUACAUGACAACAUACAUCGCCGCACAUGAGUGCUGCCGAUGUGUGAUAUAAUUCCAA